AAGAGAAGUCUGCUGCACGUGCGUCCACAGUGCUCCAGUCCGCUGAUAGAGAAACACGGCGAAGGAGAGAAGAAGAAAGAGUGGGUUAAUUUAACACUUUAGAUCUGACACCAUGAAGCCAGGGUUCAGCCCCCGAGGAGACCGAGGAGGAUUCAGAGGAGGACGAGGAGGGAGAGGAGGGUUUAGUGACAGAGGAAGAGGAGGAUUCAGAGGAGGACGAGGAGGAGGAUUCAAGUCUCCAGACGGCGGAGGAUUCCGGGGUCGGGGAGGUGGCAGAGGGGCCCCUAGAGGAAGAGGAGGCCGGGGAGGAGGGAGGGGAGGAUUUGGAGGAGGGAAGAAGGUCCUGGUGGAGCCACACAGACAUGAAGGCGUGUUUAUCUGCAGAGGAAAAGAAGACGCUCUGGUGACAAAGAAUAUGGUAGUUGGAGAGUCUGUGUACGGAGAGAAGAGGAUCAGCGUGGAGGAGGGAGAAGCAAAGACGGAGUACAGAGCAUGGAACCCGUUCAGAUCGAAGCUGGCGGCGGCCAUCUUGGGAGGAAUUGACCAGAUCCACAUCAAGCCGGGGGCGAAGGUCAUGUACCUGGGAGCAGCUUCAGGAACUACAGUGUCCCAUGUGUCUGACAUUGUGGGGCCGGAGGGUUUGGUGUACGCUGUGGAGUUCUCUCAUCGAUCAGGUCGUGAUCUUCUCAACGUGGCGAAGAAACGCACGAACAUCAUUCCCAUCAUCGAAGACGCUCGACACCCGCACAAAUACCGCAUGCUGGUUGGUAUGGUGGACGUGAUCUUUGCUGACGUUGCUCAGCCUGAUCAGACGAGAAUCGUCGCUCUGAACGCUCACAACUUCCUGAGGAACGGCGGACACUUCGUCAUCUCCAUCAAGGCUAACUGCAUCGACUCGACGGCGGCGCCUGAAGCCGUGUUUGCUUCAGAGGUGAAGAAGAUGAGCGCUGAGAACAUGAAGCCUCAGGAGCAGCUCACACUGGAGCCGUACGAGAGAGACCACGCCGUGGUCGUCGGCAUCUACAGACCUCCACCCAAACAGAAGAAAUGAGGACCAUGGACAACCGUCUCCAGCCACCGCCGGCUUUUUGUUCUGUCAGUGUUUGUCUCCACAACUCCACCGUCCUGAAGAUCUCAGCUGGACACAAUGAGUCCGGACUCUGAAAAUGUCUGACUCUCCUGCUACCACAUGGUUUAACAUGAUUCCAUCUUUUACGUUGAUUUAUAGUAUUCAAACGUGCAAAAACAAAGAGAGAAAAAGCGGCUGAACAUCAGAAAUGGCAUCAAGUCGCCUGAACACCCUCCAGUUAACACAUCCAAUCCAGCCAGUGCAGUUGAGGCUGUCUGCAGGAGUUUAUCCACCAUUUUUCAUUUUCCAGAACAAUCGAAUGCUCAGUUUUGGGUGUUUUGGACUUCUGUUUUUCUUUGUAAUGUGGUAUUUAAUUUUCAUUAGUUACGUUAAAGUUUAAACUUCUGCUAUCAUGAUCAAGUCUGACUCUCUUCCUAACAGCUUAUUGUGCUUUAAUUUUUUUUAAUCUUUGCCCUAUACCGAUCCAUUACAUCUAAACCACACAGCAGGAGGAUUACUGAAAAUGUACAUGAUGGAGCGCUUGAGAAAUGUAUUUUUCCUCUUGUGUGUUUUUUCUUCUUUAUUUUUAUCUGUGCAGCCUCUCUGUGCUGUUGUCUAGUUUUUUAAGCAGAGUUUACAUGAAAAAAUCAACUAAAAGUCAUUUUAUAUAGCAGCACAGCCAUAAGACAAUAUGUUUUCUGCUGAAACUGCUCUGUAAAACCAAUGUCUACUUUGGUUUAAAGAAAGAUACUUUUUAUUUCACCCAUGUCUGAUCCAUUACGAAUCAUGAAGCGUCCACACCCUCUCUGCCAUCUUUGACACGCUGUCUGCGAACGUCUCAGCUCAUGUACAGUAAAUCUGAACCCCUAAUAUCUCUGAUAACACCCGUUCGUUUGUAGGGAAGCCGUACGGCACUGAUGUUUGGUGGUGAGCCGGUAAACUUGAUUCUGUGUACAGAUAUAUCCGUGGUGAGUUUUUCACCCUGACUAGUAGUUUAAUACUAGAACUGUAAGGUUUUUUUGUUGUUGUAUGAAGAGGAAUGGUUGUACCUUACAACAGUUUAUUCUUGAAAAAAGUUUGUUUUUGACAUGAUGGAUGACUUUGUUUUAAUAAAAUGUUUAUUAUUCUUGUUAA